UCACUUUCGCAAGUUUUCUCUCCAUACAAUUUAAAUAUUUAUAAAGCUUAUGCAGAUGCCGCUGGGUUUGAAAUUUAGUUCCUUGUAGUGGCUUUAUAAAGAUGGUCUACUCAUUUGUGUUAAGAACAUUUGAAGAAAUGAAGCGUCUGGCAUCCAGGGACACGGGUAGGAUGUGGAGGCUGGUGUCUGUGCUCUGGUUUCUUGGUGGUUUCGGUGUCAAUGGUAAAGAAGUUGUUUGGAAGAUCCAGGUCUACACAUCAAAUGUAAAAGAUGCUGGCACAGAUGCCAAUGUCCGAAUUAUUCUCUACGGAAAUGAGGGAACGUCCGAGCCUUUGGUGUUAGAUAAUAGCGAGAACAAUUUUGAACAAGGCAAGCUGGACACUUUCGAGGUUUCAACGGCUGACAUCGGCGAGCUGUGCCAGGUGCAAAUCUACCAUGACAACUCUGGCAACAAACCUGGCUGGCAUCUAGAUAAGGUAGUGAUAUGGUCUAAGGACAACAGCAAAAAACAUUACUAUUUCCUGUGCAACUGCUGGCUGGCGAGAGAUGAAGGAGACGGCAGACUCGACAGAACAAUUUCUGCCACAACGAGGUGCAAAGAAGGACUGAAAGCUAAACGACGUGGAAUCACGGAACAACGCAAUCACGUGACUUCCAAUGGAAAGGAGUUUCAGUCUAGCAAAAGAUCAGCGUCGGCUUUGAACAGGAACAGGCUGGAGUAGAUGUCCAUCGCCUUCUGGGAGAACCUCGUGAAUAAUCUAACAGAAGAAACAUCGAUCAGAUGUGAUUAUCCCAGAGCUCUGUCAACGUAUUGAAGUUCAGCGGUUUCUUCAAGAAAACUGUCUUCGUGCCUGAUGUCUCGACAGUCACACUAUUUCUCCCUCUUUCUCUCGCUCACGGACAUACACUUAUUAUUAUUUCUUCUUGUUGAGCAGUGUUUGUUUACUCAAUGUUGUAAACUGAGUUGCGAGCAUCUGACUUGGAUCUCGUUCCAUAAAUCAACACAAGCUCCCAAAUAAUAAAGAAGUGUAAGCCCA